UAUACAUAAGACCUCGUACAUUCCCCCACUCCCCAUUCUAUACCAGACUCAAUGAAUAGAAUCGUCAUCAAUGUACCCAUUAAACACCAAAGUAUGAUUGCUGGUUAAUAGAUGGGUGUGAGAAGUGUUUCCAAGCUUUUACUUUUACUUGUUUUAAACCCAACAGUCUAGACCAUAACAACACAGAGACAUCUGCUAUCACCAGCGAUUCUAACAAAUGUAUGGAGUAGUUUUUAAAUGUAUUAGAGUAGUUCUUGGCACUUCUCUGUGUAAAUGGUUUGCCUCAUCUACAUGGUCGUAUUUAAGGGGCAGAAGAAAUUCUGGAAUAAACUGGAACAAAGAACAGAAUACUGGGAAAAAUGGCAGAAACACCAAGCCAAAGAAACCAAGAUCAGGUAGCGAUCCAAUUAUUUUUCUCAACAAACUAAAGGAUGUUCGACACCCAGAUAUUGCCCUUAAGAUAUUUUACAGGGCGGAAGAACGAGGUUACAGACACCAUUAUCCCACUUACAGUGCCAUGAUAUACAAACUGGGCCGUGCAGGUAAGUUCCAAAACGUGAAAACCCUGCUUGAUCGCAUUAAAUAUGAAGAUAUUGAAUGCAAUGAGACUCUUUUCAAUGCCAUUAUUCAGCACUACGGUAAAGCCUGUAUGAUGAAAGAAGCUAUUGAACUGUUCCAUACAAUUCCUCAGUUCAAUUGUAGGCGUACCACCAAGUCUUUUAAUGUUCUUCUUGAAGUCUUGGUUGAUGGAGGUUGGUUCUUUCAAGCAAGGGAGCUAUUUGAAUCUUCGCAUAAGAUGGGGAUAGUUUUAAAUGCUGUUAGUUUUAAUAUACUUAUUAAAGCAGAAUGUAAUUUGGAUCGACUGGCUGUUGCGCGCCAACUGUUUGACAAAAUGCGUCAACGAGGAAUUGCACCUACAAUAGUAACUUACAACACACUGAUAGGUUUUUUCUGCAAGAAAGGAUUAAUGACUGAGGCUAUGGAGACGGUGGAUGAGAUGGCAAAGGCUGGAGGAAGGUCUAAUUUGGUGACUUAUGGGGUACUGUUGGAAGGACUAUGUAAUACACGGAGAUUUAAUGAUGCCAGGAAGCUCUUAUAUGAUAUGCCAUAUAGAGGUUGUAGACCUACUGUUGUUACUUACAGUGUUUUAGUGACUGGUUUAUUGAAGGACGGGAAGACGGAAGAGGCUGUGAGGCUCUUGAAAGAGAUGGAGGAGAGAGGUUGCAAGCCUGAUGUUGUUGUGUAUAAUAUACUUGUGAACUUUUUCUGCAAGGAUAGAAGAGUUGAUGAAGCUACCAAGGUCUUCGCGGAGAUGCAACGGAAUGGGUGCUUCCCAAAUGUUGUUACAUAUCGGAUGAUUCUAGAUGGACUCUGCCAAGAGGGUAACUUGAACAAAGCUUUGGAAAUUUUGCAUGACAUGAUUGAAAAGGAGUUGGUGCCACACAUUAAUACUUUCAAUUCUCUGAUUGAAAGCCUUUGCAAUCAUGGAAACUUGGCAGGGGCUGCCUUGAUCCUUAAAGAAAUGAGAAAAAGGAGUUGGGCUCCCAAUGUGAAGGCAUGGGAAUCCUUAGUCAGAAGUAUUUCUAAUGAAUCUGAUAAAUGUCAACCAGAGAACCUUUAUAGUCAAUUGCUUUUGAUAAAAAAUGAUAAAUGAAGCUUGGAACAUAUCAGAGCUUGAUGUUUUACCGAAUACCAUAUGUUUUCUCGAAUUAAAUUCUGGAAUUUGCAUAAAAAUCACAAGUUUUUUGGGUGGUGGGAGGAGCCUUGUCAUUGCGAGUGAUCCUUAUGCUAUCCAGAGCUGUUGCCAUUUUAAAAUGCUGUAAAACACACACACACAGAGGCACUAAUGGAACAUCCUUUUAGUUACAAGAUGCUCAUUUCCAUAAUAUAUUUAAUUCAAUAAUUUUGUGACUUAGUUCGCUGAACAAGAAAACAAGAAGCUCUAUCUUUUCCAGUGAGCAAUAUGAAGGUACUGAAACAAAAGGAAUGUAGUGCAGAACUGAGCAAAGUGAAUGAACACAAAGCAAGGAUGAACACAAAGCAAGGAUGAACAUUGCAGAAGUGUACCAUGAAGAUGAACUUUUCAUGAGUUGGUCAUGGUUGCUUGGUCUUUGUUGCUCCUCAGGCUGCUGGAUAAUAAUUCACAAUAUGCGUCACCUUUGUUGUCUGCGGAAUAGCUGAGGUCACAGGAGAAUUGUGCCAUGUCAUGUAAGGCAAAUUUGUAGACAUUAGUGGCACUAAGGUCCAAAAUUUUGAGUUGCAGUUGCCAUUUUGAGCUGCUCUGUAAAUGAUAUGACAUCAUUGUAGCUA